GGAACGCGCCCAACCCUUUGUGGGGCUGUGGUCUGAGGCAACGGCUCAGAAGACGAGCACCGGGGACGGCGGGGCUGCCGAGCCCCGAGUAGGGCUGUCGAACGCGGGCUUCCUGGACCAGAAAAGAACAAUCAGAUUUCUAGAAGUGGGCACCAACAAAUAGUGGCUAGAAGCAGUCUGGAGUAGAAGUCAAACACCUAGGACCAGCCUGGCAUUCCCAAACAAUGGCAGCUAAGAAACAGUCUAAGUCUGCCAAGGCGUUAAGGACAACAGUCAGAUAUGAGGACGUGGCAGUGUCUUUCACCCAGGAAGAAUGGGAAUGUCUGACUUCUACACAGAAGACCCUUUACCAGAAAGUGAUGUCAGAAACCUUCAGGAACCUGACAUUUGUGGAGAGCAAGAAGAAAUCUCAAGAACCUAACCCAAAUCUGAAAGAUAAGGAUGAUGAUAAGUCCUCCACUUGCACAGGGGUAUUCAAAGGUGGACCAUUAUUUUUCUGUCUCACCUGUGGCAAAUGUUUCAAAAAGAACACCUUCCUCUUUAGUCACCAGUUUCCUGUGAGGUCCCGGAAGCUGACAGUCACGAAGCCGCAAAGCCGCAAAGCCCUCGGUCAUAAGCCCCAGCAUCGUGGAGACAGGCCUUUCUUUUGCAAUCUCUGUGGCAAGACUUAUCGUGAUGCUUCUGGACUGAGCCGUCACCGACGUGCUCACAUAGGUUAUAGGCCCCGUUCCUGCCCUGAGUGUGGAAAGUGCUUCCGGGAUCAGUCUGAGGUCAACCGCCACCUGAAGGUACACCAAAACAAGAAGCCAGUGGCUGGCAGCCACCUGAAAGUACAACAAAACAAGCCAGUGGCUAGCAACCAGAAGCAGAAGGGUAGGGUUCCACCUACAACACGUGAAUCCCCAGCGCUAGCCCUCAGGCAUCUGAAAGUGAUCCAGGGACCAGUGGCCAGGGCUAAGGCACGGAGCAGCAGAGCUUCAUCCCUGGAGGUCAGAUCCACCUCAGUUACAGUGGCCCGCCCAAGAGAAAAGGUCUAUUGUCCCUAUUGCCGGACCACUUUUACCAUGAGAACCUGUCUCUUGAACCACCUCAAGAUCCACUUCCGGCGUCAACCCAACCAGCACUUCUGUUGCAAAGAGUCCCACUCGUCCACACUCAGGAUGCAAAAGAUCUACAAUUGCCCCAUCUGCGACAGCGCCUUUAGGGGGAAGGAGAGCCUGCUGAAUCACUUGUGCUCCCGACGACCAAUCAGGCUCAGUAAAUGCUGGGAAAUCCUGGGUCAUCUGCUUGGCUAUCUUCGCGAACCCUUGGGAAAUAUUUUUAAAGUAAGGGAAUCCAGGAAGAGAAGACGGAAACGCAUAAGCAGUGAUAGUUCUGAAACAGAAGAGCCGUCUGGGAGUGAUGAGGUGAUGGAGGUUGACACCGACUCUGACCUCUCCUGAGUUUGAACCCUGAGACCCCUGUGGCAGAAGGAAAAACCUAAUUCUUGGCUUCACACAUGCCCGUGCACGACCCCCUCUCCCCACCUCACAGAAUAAAUACAAUUUUUAAAACUAAAAGAAGUGAGGGUGGGGUCUAACUGAGGUCUUGUAUUUGGUUUUUCCUGAAGAUCGACCUCUGGCAUCAGGAGGCUUGAGCAAGGAGAAGAGUGGAUGAUGAAGGAAAGAGACAAGGAAAGAAAAAGAAGUGUGCACAAAGAAACUUGUAUUAUUAUUAAUUAGCACCUAGCUUGUUUGUGUCUGAUACACCACCAAGUAGUAAUUGUUGAAAAAACAAACAA